CUCGCGGAGUCGGCGUGGGCGGCGGCGCGUGUCCCGAGCGGCGAUCCGUCGGCCGCGCCAAACUCAACCGCCAAGGCCGCCCGCCUCAGGCCCGGGCCCGGGCCCCCGCCGCGCCGCUCCGCUCCGCUCCGGCCCGCCAUGGGCACCCUGGGCCCGUUCCCGCCGCCGCCCCCGCGCGGACAGGUCACCCUCUACGAGCACAACAACGAGCUGGUCACCGGACGCGACUACGAGAGCCCGCCCCCUCACUUCCGGGGACAGUGGAUCAACCUGCCCGUGGUGAGCCCGGGGAAGGAGCUGAGCAGAGGCCCCGGCCGCACGGAGCCGGGGGCCCGAGCCGCCUUCAUCCACCACCGCGAGGGCGUCUGGAAGCGAUGCGUCUGCGCCUGGCGCGACGCGGGACUGUCGGGGGUGCUGAGCGAGAUCGCGGAAUCGGAGGAGGAGGAGGUUUUCGACUGGGUGAGGACGGCCUCCAGCUGGGCCCUGACCCUGUGCCAGUGGGCACUCUCUCUCCACGGCUCCCUCUUCCCGCACCUGUCGCUGCGGAGCGAGGAUCUGAUCGCCGAGUUCGCCCGGGUCACCGACUGGAGCGGCGGCCCCAUCCGGGCCUUCGCCUGGCACCCUCACACCAACAAGUUCGCCAUCGCCCUCUUGGAUGACUCCGUCCGCGUCUACAACAGCAACAGCCCGACGAUCCCGCACCUGAAACACCGGCUCCAGCGGGCCGUGUCCGCCCUGGCCUGGAAGCCGCUCAGCGCCUCCGUCCUGGCCGUCGGCUGCCACAGCUGCAUCCUUCUCUGGACCCUGGACCCCGGCGCCCUGGCCACACGCCCCUCAUCCGGCUGCGCCCAGGUCCUGUCUCACCCCGGACACUCGCCCGUCACCAGCCUGGCCUGGGCCCCCAGCGGGGGGAGACUGCUGUCCGCCUCGCCCGCGGACGCCGCCGUGCUGGUGUGGGACGUGGCCACGGAGAGCCGGCUGGCGCUGCCCCGGGUGCGGGGCGGGGGCGGGGUCACCCAGCUGCUCUGGUCGCCCGACGGCAGCAAGGUCCUGGCCGCCACCCCCGCCCCCGUCUUCCGGGUGUGGGACACCACGAUGUGGACGUACGAACGCUGGCCCACGCUGACCGGCCGCUGCCAGACGGCCUGCUGGAGUCCCGACGGACGUCGGCUGCUGUUCGCCGUCCUGGGGGAGCCGCUCCUCUACUCCCUCACCUUCCCCGAGCCGACCGGGGAGGCACGGGGCCAGGUCGGGGGGUCGGAGACGGCGACGAUCGUGGCGGACCUGUCCGAGACGGCGGUGUGGACCGGGGCCCGGGAGGAGAGGCUGGGCGGGGAAGUCCUGUCCGUGGUGUGGGACCCCAGCGGGGAGCGGCUGGCCGUGCUCGUCAAAGGCACCCCGGCGGUCCAGGAUGGUCGGCCCCUCAUCCUCCUCUUCCGCACCCGCAACACCCCAGUGUUUGAGCUGCUGCCCUGUGGCUUCAUCCAGGGCGAGGAGGGGGCCUGGCCCCAAAUCAUCGCCUUCCACCCGGCCUUCAGGAAAGGGGCUCUGCUGAGCGUGUGCUGGUCGUCCGGCCGCGUGGCCCACGUCCCCCUCUACUUCGUCAACGCCCAGUUCCCCCGGUUCAGCCCCGCUCUGGUCCGGACCCAGGAACCCCCGGCCGGGGGCGGCUCCACCCCCGCCGGCCCCCUCUUCUCCGAGACGGCCCCCGGCCCCGCCCCCUGGGCCCUCCCCACGCAGACCCCGGCCCCCGAAUAAACGGCUCGCUCGGCCCCCGC